AGUUAGUAUAAGAUACAACACGAAGAAAGAAGUGUCAUGCUUCGUUUCGGUGCCCGCGGCAGAUUCGUCAUCUGCGACAAUCUUGAGAAAUGUCUAAAUGUUUUUGGCGGCGUGUAUGACACCUGCAGCAUAGCCGCUAUGUCGAGGAUCAGGAAGAGAGGUGGAAGUUCGACGUCAAAUUGUUUGAUCGAUUCCGCGGUACUGCGUGCAACCGCUGAAGCGAUUCAGAAGGAAAAUCGUCGGCUGUCGUCAACGUGGCCCCGCAAUAAAGCCCAGAAAACCUGCCUUUACGAACUACACGUGGAAAAACAAGGUAAAGUUAUCAAUUUUUCCGGAUGGCUGCUGCCGGUGCAGUAUCAAGAGACGAUUGCUGCGUCUCAUCUGCACACCAGAUCUUUGGCAUCGCUCUUCGAUGUCGGUCACAUGCUACAAACACGUGUCUCUGGUAAAGAUGCCGGAGAAUAUCUGGAAUCCUUGACAACAUGCGAUCUGAGAAAUUUAAAUAAUGGCGCCGCGACUCUGACAGUGUUCACCAACGACAAGGGAGGAAUUCUCGAUGAUCUUAUUAUCACGAAAGACGACGAGAACAGAUACUUUAUUGUGUCUAAUGCAGGAAGGCGGGAUGAGGACAGUCAACAUCUUUUGGAGCGUCAGGAAGACUUUAAAAAGAUUGGUAAAAACGUGUUUAUUGAUUUCCUGAGUCCUUUAGAGCAAGGACUAAUAGCACUUCAAGGCCCUGCAGCAGCAACCGUCCUUCAAUCGUUAGUAAAAAUUAAUCUUCAGACUCUCAAGUUUAUGAACAGCGUGAAAACCGAGAUAUUAGGCAGUAAAGUCAGAAUUUCGCGAUGUGGGUAUACCGGAGAAGAUGGCUUCGAGAUCUCGGUGCCUGCGAAGAACGCAGUUAAUCUAGUCGAGAGAAUUUUAAAGAUUCCUGACGUGAAACUGGCCGGUCUGGGAGCCAGGGAUAGUCUAAGACUAGAAGCUGGACUCUGUCUAUAUGGUCACGAUAUCAACGAAAACACUACACCAGUCGAAGCAGCUCUUACAUGGCUAGUAGCAAAGCGACGAAGGGCCGAGGCCAACUUUCCAGGCGCACAUCGAAUACUUUCGCAAAUAAAAACGGGCGUAACAAAGAAACGCGUCGGGCUCUUAUUAAAUCAAGGACCACCAGCUAGAGAAGGUGCGCCUAUAUUAACAUCGGAAGGUGAGCCUGUGGGCAGCGUUACUUCCGGUGGACCAAGUCCAACUUUGGGCCGGCCAAUCGCCAUGGGAUACAUACCACCAGAUUUGGCACAAUUCGGCGGCGGAGUGUUAGUCGAAGUACGAGGAAAAACGUACAAAGCCACUGUGACGAAGAUGCCCUUUGUGAAAGCAAACUACUACACUACGAAAUAAUGUGUUAAAACCGAUUGAUCUUUGACAGAAUCAUAGUGUUUCGAAGCGUUUUUAAUUGAUAAUGAUGAAUGUUUUUAUAUGGACUAUAAAUUUAUUCAGCAAAGAUGUGAACGAUUUGUUGAUAGAUUUCUAGUGACAGAUAGUACAAAUCAUAACUAAUGAUUGAAACUGAUAGAUAGAUUUCUAACGAAUUGCUACUAUGCUUUAUUUGCAUAAACUGAUCAUUGAAAAUAACUGAAAAUAAUAUAAAAAAGAAUAUUAAUUAA